AACCCGUGGGGCAAGCCGCGCACGCGCCUGCCGGGCGUGCGCGCGCGCGACGCCGUCCCGCCGAGCGUCAAGGCGGCCGACCGACGGCUCACGGGAUCGGCGGUGAUCGACGAGCCCCUCCAGGAGGCGCUGCACUACCUGCUGCGCGACCACGUGCAGUCGUGGUACUACACGCGCGUCAGCGACGACCAGCGCUUCCUGCAGGAGCUGUGGAGCGGCGCGCAGCACGUCGUCGCCGCCGUCACGCACCGCUCGAAGCGCACCGACUGGGUCGCCUACCUGACGACGCGGCUCGUCGACGACUUCGCGAGCCACCUGCGCAUCUACCGCAAGUCGCAGGCGCGCAUCCGGGAGAGCGUCGCGCGCGACGAGCCACGGCCGCCACUCGUCAGCGUCUUCUUCGACACCGAGCUAGAGGUGGAGUACGGCGCCGUCUGCCGCGACCGCAUCUGCCUCUCCGGCCAGCAUGAGAAGGAGUACCUGCAGGCGGUCAGCGAGCUGCUGCUGUACCUGCUGCUGCCGGCAGCCGACUUCCAGAGCCGUCCGUUCAUGCUUCUCGCGCGCGAGCUGCUAGCCAACCGCGUGCUGCUGCCGAUCGUCGACCUGCUCUCCGAUCCCGACUACGUCAACCAGAAUCUCAUCUACUUCACGAAGGAGCCGUCGCUGACGCCGGACACGUUCAUCACGGCGCUGCAGAUGUCGGGCAGCUGCGAGGAGCUGGAGGCGAUUCGCGCGAUGGUCGCGAGCGAGAUCGCGCUGCAGCGCUCGAAGGACUCGCGCGACGACGACGCCGACAUCAAGGAGCAGCUGCAGAGCCUGCUGUUCGUCAAGAAGACGUGCGAGAGCAAGAUCAAGCGGCUGCAGGACGGCGACGAGACGGACUCGAUCGGCCUGCCGACGCAUCUCGACCUCAAUCGGCUGCUCGUGCCCGGCCUGCGGCUGUUCAACCUCUCGCUCGAGAUGGUGCUCGGAAACAGCGUCGCGCUCUCGUACUUCAUAGACUUCAUGAGCAGCCUCGGCGCGCAGCAGUACAUCUUCUUCUACCUGACCGUCGAGGGUUACCGCGUGACGGCCGAGCAGCAGCUGUCGGCGGCGCACCUGCGGCGGAUGGCCCAGCCGGGCGCGCCGGCGAGCACCGGCGGGGGCACGCAGCUCGGCGAGGCCGCGCGAAACAUCUACGAUCAGUACCUGUCGGAGAAGUCGACGCAGAAGCUGAAGGUGGACGAGCACGUCGUGCGCAAGGUGUGGACAAGCCUCGGCCGCGAGCCGCUCACGGAGUACCUAUUCGACGAGGUGCAGGCGCGCGUUUACGACGCGCUGCAGGAGGACCGCUUCUUCCCGGCAUUCCGCCGCAGCCAGAUCUACGUGAAGCUGCUCGCCGAACUCGACCUUCUCAAGGACGCGGGCAACAAGUCGGACGACGAGGACGACAGCUCGUCGCGUGGCAGCAGCCUGCGGGGAUCCACCGAGGAUUUGACCUUGCUGUGCGACCAGGUCGACAGUGCCAGCCUGUCGUCGCUCGACGCCACCAUCACGGCCUCAGCCGACAUGCCGUUCACCGCCUACAUCACGCAGGCGGGAAUCGUGAAGCUAGGCAAGAAGCCCUACGCAGUCUACUCGAUCGCCGUCACCUGCUACGAGCCGAAGGAGGACUCGUGGAACGUCUACCGGCGCUACAGCGACUUCUACGACCUGCACAUGAACAUCUACGAGCGGCACCCGCCGCUGAACGGCCUCGCGCUUCCCGGCAAGAAGACGUUCAACAACCUCGACAAGGACUUCCUCGAGAAGCGCCGCAAGGACCUCAACCGCUACCUGCAGGCGCUGCUCUGCCCGGACAUGCUGCGCGCCAACCCGGGCCUCCUCGAGCUCGUCUCGCAGUUCCUUGAGCAGGGCAGCUACGAGAAGUGCAAGGGCGAGCUCGCGCGCAAGGUCGACACGAUCGUCAAGCCGCUGAAGAAGUCCGUGAAGAGCGUCAGUCGCGCCGUAACAGCGGUGCCCGAGAACAUCUACGGCGGCGUGCGGACGGUGUCCGGCGGCCUCGGCCGCAUGUCCGGCAACAUGAAGGACGGCCUGACGCGCAUGCUGAACAUGCGCGCGAGCGGCGUGCCCGGCGUGCGGCCGGGCCAGUUCUACGACAGCUGCCGCGUCGCGGCGAGCAUCGACGCCGAGUGCGACGACAACAUUCCGCUGCGCAUCCUGCUGCUGCUCAUGGACGAGGUGUUCGACCUGCAGAGCCGCAACCAGUGGCUGCGGCGGCGCAUCGUCGCGUUCGCGCACCAGCUCGUCAAGGCGACGUUCGGCGACAUGAUCAACCGACGCAUCGUCGAGUACGUCGGCUGGAUGACGGGCGCCGACCAGGUGGCGCGCGCCGUCCGCGCCGCGCGCGACGCGUUCUGGACGAACGGCGCGCCCGUCGAGGCGGCGCCGCCGCGGGACGCCGCCGCGAAGAUGCGCACGCGCGUCAUCGCGCGCGCCCGCCUUCUCGGCAGCAUGCCGGACGAGCUGCGCGCCCUGGUGGGCAACGAGACGACGAAGCACGGCGUCGAGCGCGUCUUCGACAUCUUUCAGGUGCGCGAGCUGAACCGCCGGCUCGUCUACACGCUGCUCGAGGGCCUGCUCGAGACGCUCUUCCCCGACAACAAGUUUCAGGAGAUCUUCAGGAAGAUUCACGGAGAGUCGCCGCGAGUGAAAGCCAAGCAGCAGCAGCAGCAGCAGCCGCAGUAGCAGCAGGAGCAGUAGCAGCAGUAGUAGUAGCAGCAGCAGCAGCAGUAGCAGCAGCAGUAGCACCAGCAGCAGCAUGCGAGUGUGUAGUCCCACGAAGCGGAGACAGAAGGGCGGAAUGCUGACGACUGAUGCAGUCACACUGUGUACGCAAGUAGUUCAGUAUUGAUUUUUAAAAAGUGGAAAAAUGUGUACGCGUAUUUAUAUUGUACUAGUACGUCUUUACGUUCCAAUCUAGUGUUUACGCUUUGGACAUUCCCCGUGCAGUGGAGUGCACUUUUACAGUGCUGCGUAUUUAUUGAAAGUGACUCGGGGGUAAGACUCGUCUUGCGUCUAAUGCACCCACGAUUUUGUCUUCGCCGCCAUUGCUUUUAAUGUUUGCAGACAAAAUCAUAUGAGAGAAAUCAUGUGGUUUCUGAAACAAUCUUCUAAAUCAAACCUGCUCGAUGUUUAGUAUUCUGUUAUAUUUUUGUUAUAUAUACGACAAAAAUGGUCUUGCGUGCAUUGGGUAAACAAUAAUCAUGAGUGAUUUUCUAUUUAUUGCCCGAUCAGUGUAAGCUGUACAAUUAUGUGAUUAGUCAAAAUGUAAGCGUAGUAAAAUUCGAGUUGCAGUAGGAGAUAGGAGAGUGGAAGACUAAUGUGGGUUACAAGGAGGAAAGGUAGAAUCAGCAGUUGGUAAAUAUUAAUGUGACGACGGGGGAACAAGCGGAAAAGAAGUGGGAUGUUGUAGAGGUGGGGUUACUGAGCAGGAAGAAGGGUGAACUAAAAAAUUCAGUAGAUCAGCUACUGGUACGGCUAAAUUAAGAUGGAUAUAGGCAGAGGUUGGAGAGGAAUUUAGGAAGACGUUGGAAGAGAAGUCUGAGGCAGCAUUAGUAGAGGAAGUGAGGAUGAGUAGUUAGGUAAAAAGGGCCAAAGGAAUGGGAUUUUCAGAUGUAUGAAAGUUGGAAGUACAAGGUGUAAGCACGGGAAAAGAAGAUGCUGAGUGGAUGAGGUAGCAGUUCAGGAGGAAAGGAUAGAUCGAGAGGAUGACGUGGAGGAGUCGUUAAGUGCUGGGGAGGAGAAUGAGUAGAGAAGAUGAUGACGUUAAAGAGUGAAGUGCUAAGAACAUGGGUAGAGAGGACGAUAUGAAAGACACAAGUGUUGUAGGGGUGGGUGGUUAGAGAGGAUAGAGAGAUGGACCGGUUCGAGGGGUAAGAGUGAUGAAGCAGCGUGAUGAAGUGGGCAGCUGUGAUUGACGAGGUAGACCGAUCGAUGGCCAAGCUGCAGGAGAAGGAGCAGGAUGACGUGUGUCUUCAGCUGCACAUUUGCUCAUAAAUAUUGUUUCGUUAGUCGAAUCUAUACGAAGGUCCAUAUGAAUAUCGUUGUGGACGUUAAGUGGCGUUUGGCAGAUCUUGUAUUUAAAGGGACAGUAGCCUCUAGGAUUUUACUGCAUACAACUGUACUUACUGUAUAACAAAUCGUCUA